AUGUCUCUGGACUUCGGCCUCAAAGGAGUACACGUUCUCGUUACCGGCGCUGCGGGAGGUAUAGGCCUGGAGACGGUCCAUACAUUCCGCCAACUUGGAGCACGCGUGACCGCCCACUAUAACUCUCGCAUCGGGGAGCUGGCCAAUUCAACCGACAUUGUUGCUCUUCAAGCUGACGUCCGCGAUGAGAAGUCUGUUGACAAGCUACUCUCUAACGCGGCAGAGAAGAACGGAGGCCCAGUAAGCGUGCUGGUGGUGAAUCAUGGCAUCUGGCCGGAGGACAACAAGCACAUCGUCGACAUGGACCUGGAGCAGUGGAGCAACACCAUGGCUGUCGAUCUCACCGGGCCAUUUCUACUCUGCCGCGCAUACCUUCGUGUACUCAAGAGUGCGGACGACAGCACCAAAGACGCAGCAACCAUCAUCUUCAUCGGCUCCACCGCCGGCAAAUUCGGCGAAGCGAACCACGGCGACUACUCCGCCGCCAAAUCUGCCCUCAUGUACGGACUCACACCCACCCUCAAGAACGAGAUCGUCGCCAUCGCUCCCCGCGGACGGGUCAAUAGCGUCAACCCUGGCUGGGUGAGCACGCCUCUCGCGCAGAAUGCGUUGAAGGACACGGCGUUCGUGGAGCGAGCGCUUGCCACGACGCCGUUGCAGAAGGUCGCGAAGCCGGAGGAUGUGGCGAGGCAGGUUGCUGUGCUGGCGAGUCCGACGUUGAGCGGGCAUGUUAAUGGGAUGAAUGUUAUGGUUGACGGGGUUAGCUACUUCGACUCGUCCACCGAUCUUGGAUUGGACGACGAGGUCGUUGGCCGAAAUGGCGUGCAUCGAUCGUCUCCCGCAUGA